AUGAUGACCUCAUCUAGACCCCGCGCCGAUGUUGGUGGCAGCUUUGCGAGUCGACGCGGUCAUGCGAGCCAGCUGUCAAUUUCAGAUCCCAGCCACCAUGUGACCGAGACCAUUGGAACCCUCUACGGCGACGAGGAGUACGACAGCGAUGGCCGACCCAUCAGCUACCUCGGACAGUCCUACACCGACCAGCUCAACAACAAGUUCGAAUCCGACCACUCCGACGACGAUCCUCGUAGGCAGAUGAUCCGUUCAGCUUCGGACAAGACGGGCCUGGGCAUGGCACAAAAUGGCUCCACGACUCUCAAGCAUUCACAGACUUUGCCAACGCGGUCGCCUAGCCAGCGAAGCAUGUCGUUCGAGAACGGUCCCAAAUCGCCGCCAAUCUCCUUACGAGAUGUUAAGAACGAGUCCUCCCAAUUUCCUCUAGGCAGCAUCGAGAACCCGAACGACAUCGCGCAGGAACUCAACAACUUGCAGGCCCUGCGGCGCAUGUCUAUGGAUGUCGGAAAUAAUGCUGACCCUGAUAUGCUCCCCUUCUCCGGCUUGUCCCUUGUCGCCAUGCCUCCUAUCGCGCCAACGGGAGACGACGACGAAAAUGAUCCUUCGAGGCUACUCUGGGUCCCUGCGGCAGUCCAUCCCGAGCUGGCCCCGACCGAAUUCAAGACCUUCUUGGAGGAUCGUGUCAAGACGAUUCGGCGGCGAUCGGGCGACUCUAGUGACGGCGGUAUGGGCCGAAGCGAUUCUGGCGGCGGCCUGCGAAGAAAGAAGAGCAUGCUCUCACGGCAAAUCGACAACUCUGGGGGAAGAGGUGCCGUUGGGUACAUUGAUGGCGCCGAGAGACUCGGACGCAAGAGCUCACUCAGGGACUAUUCAACUCCUGAGCUCAACCUGAACGAAUUAGUCAAGGAUCCUUCCAAAGUAGUGCGUGAGCUUGCUGAAGGUGCUCAACCGGAGGCUGGCGCCGAGGAUCUGCCCAUCUUGCCUGUAGCUCCCGGCAUGGGACUUCGCCGGUCAACCCGAACAACAUACCGAAAGAACGGCAGUGUACGCUCAGAUCGAUUGCCAUUCUCCAAACGGGUCGCCAACCGACAUGCCCACACGGAUUCCUCUGACUCCGCGGAUACGGUCCCCCCUCUGCCAUCUGACGUGCCCGAAGUGCCCCCAUUGCCUACGCAGCAAAGAGCGCAAUCAGAGCCAGUGUCAGAGAAUUUCUCGCGCCCCAAUCGCUCCGUCAGACGCCAGCACAAGUUCUCUCAAGAUCUGGGCACGACAUCUGACGGCGCUUCGUCCGAGAUUGAAGAACCUGUUUCUCCCCUGAGCACACGUCCUGAGCAGCAACACCCAACGAGAACAUCUUCGGUUUCAGCUGAUGCCAAGCCCCCGGUUCCUGCCAUUAUUGAGUCACCAGCGACGGACGAGAGCGCGCAAAGGCAGCAGUUCCCCCAGAGGUCCUCAUCUUCACAGCAUGCCCCCUCGCAGCCCCUAAUGGACGAGCCUCCCGCUCGUUCAAGCAAACGCCCGGGUUCAGCCAACUCUGCGCCAAGCCCGACAACACCUACGGCACCUCAACAGCCGCCACAGGUGCAGCAGCAGUCCAAGCAGCAGCAAACCAAUGCCCCUAAUCACACCUUGAACGACAUGGCUUCCCACCCAUCUGUCUUACCUGGCAGUGGCGCAAACCGAACCGAUACGCUGACGUUUAUUCCCACUCUCCAGCCAGAGGAGAAGAAGCCAGAAGAAAAGAGGGUAGAGAAGAAACUGAGAAAGGAGAGAGACGAUGAUGCUUCCAGUGUAUCUUCGAGCAAAUCUUCUGGAGGCUGGUCAAAGUGGCUCAAGGGCGGUAGUGACGACAAGGACAAGAAGAAGAAGGAAGAGGAGAAGAGGAAAAAGCAGCAAGUCGCCGAGAAGGGACAGGACAAUGCCCGUUUGGAUGUGCUCCAGAACUCGAUCGAAGGGGCGUCUUCUAAGGGAAGAGAAAGUAUCAUUGUGGACCGCGACAACGUCGACAACAAAUUGGCCGAAGAGCGGAAGAAGGAGAGCAAGAAGUCGGAAGCCAAGAAGGAGAAGGAGGGUGGUCUCUUCUCAGGCCUCUUUGGCGGUGGCAAGAAGAAGAGCGAAAAGGAGAGCAGCAGCAAGAAGAACCAACAUCUGCGGGUCUCGGAGGAGGUGCCGUAUCGCCCGCUCAAGGCUGACGUCGACUACCACUGGACCAGAUUCCCGUUGCUCGAGGAACGAGCGAUUUAUCGGAUGGCUCACAUUAAGCUCGCAAACCCGCGUCGCUCUCUGUUGAGUCAGGUUCUUCUCAGCAACUUCAUGUACAACUAUCUCGCCAUCGUUCAGGCUAUGCACCCGCAGAUGCAGGUCCCUCAGUCGCCGCAGCAAAGACGUCUGGAAGAGGAGCGUCGCCGCAAGGAACAGGAAGAGCAGUACUUGGCGCAGCAACAACAGCAGCAGCAGCAGCAAGAGGCGGGGGAGCAGGACUCGACGGGCCAGUACAACUUUGACUAUCAUCGGGGCGAGAGCCAAUACGGUGACCAUCCUCAUGAUGAGGUGGACUAUGUUGAUGACGCUCAAAUCUACGAGUACGACCAUGGCGGCGACGUGGAUAACGGACGCAGCAAUGGCUACCAAGGCCCUGACAGCUAUGACCCUCAGCCUGGCAAGCAGUAUUAUCACGAUCAGUACGGGCGUGACGGUAGCGACGACGUAAGGCGCCGGGACGACCGUGAGGACAUGUGCAUGGCUGCCCCGCGUCCAUACAACAACAACAACCCGGGCUACAUGCCCAACGGAGCUUCUUCGAUUCCUCCUGGAGCUGCGCCUCUCCUCCCCAACCAGGGUCGCGUUAUCCAGACUGGCCCCAUCCGAGUUCUGUGCAUAGCUGAUGUUCGAGGAAACCUCACAUCCCUCAACGACCUGGCAAGACAAGCACGAGCCGAUCACAUCAUCCACACUGGCGACUUUGGCUUCUACGACGACACCUCCCUGGAGCGAAUCGCAGAAAAAACCCUGAAGCAUGUUGCUCAAUACUCUCCCCUGAUUUCCGAGCCCGUCAAGAAGGCCAUUCAGCAGGGCGGCCCCGGACCCGUCAAGAGCCGGUUCCCUGCCAACGAGCUUCCCCUCUCCGAGCUCUCUCUACUCUUGAGCGGCGAGAUCAAGCUCGAUAUCCCAGUAUACACUGUAUGGGGUGCUUGCGAAGAUGUCCGCGUUCUCGAAAAGUUCCGUUCCGGAGAGUAUAAGGUACACAACCUGCACAUCAUCGACGAGGCCCGCUCGAUGCUUCUCGAGCUCGGUGGAGUCAAGCUGCGCCUCUUGGGUCUUGGUGGUGCUGUUGUCAUGCACAAGCUCUUCGACAAUGGCGAAGGAAGAACUACGAUUGCCGGAGGUCAGGGAACUAUGUGGACUACCCUGUUGCAGAUGGGCGAGCUUGUCGACACUGCGCACCGAGUUUACGACCCCACCGAAACCCGCGUCUUCGUUACCCACGCCUCCCCUGCCCGUGAGGGUAUUCUGAACCAGCUUUCCGUCACCCUCAAGGCCGACUUCUCCAUCUCUGCCGGACUCCACUUCCGCUACGGCAGCUCCUACAACGAGUUCAGCGUAAACCCCACCCUCGACCACUACCGCGGCAAGCUCGCUGCCUCCAAGGCCUCUUUCAACGAUGUUUGGGAGACGGUCAAGAACGAAGUCGAGCCAGCCAUCUCUCAGAACGAGGGCCAACAGAACCUGCUCAAGAACGCCCUUCAGAUUGUCGAGAAGAUGCCCACUACUGCUGCGGGAGGCAACCCCUUCGGCGGCCCCGUUGCCGGCCAGGCGCAGCUCGGCCAGGUCGACGAGAGUGCUUUCAAGAACAUGUGGAACUUCAACUUGGCUGAUGCUGCAUUCGGAUGGUUGGUGCUUGAGAUUCAAGAUGGACGUAUCGGAACCGAGAUGCGCGCCCAAGGCUUCAACUUCUCACACAGAGGUGCCAAGGCCGCUGCGCCUGUUCCCGCCGGACCUGCUGGUGCUGGCAACCUGCCCGCCCCGGCCCCGCCUUCUACUCAGACUACGGCUCCCCCGCCCACCAGCAGACAGCCGUCAUCCCAAGCACCUCCCAAGCCUGCGGUCGCAACACCCCUGCCAUCAGCUAAGCCUGGAACUCCUCAACCUGCUGCUGCGGCACCACCUGCCGUCCCUCCCAAGGACGAGCGCCCUGCGCCUGCAGCUGCUAACGGAUCAGCCAACGGCCCUGACCCCGUCUCUUCUCCCGCGCCCAAGACACCUGCUCAAGAUAUUGUCGGUCUUUUCAUUAUGAAUGUGAACUCCGAGGAGCAGACUCGUGAUCUUUUCGACGGCGAGCACAAGAACAACAUCCUCAAGGUCGAGAAAUGGGGCAACUCCAACAAAGUUGUCAUGUUCAAGACGAUUGAGGAGCGUGAUGCUGCUCUGAACAGCCUUCCCGAAGACCUCAAGACCCGGGCUCAAGAGGACCGGUCUCGUCCCCUCGUCAAGGUUUUCCAACACCGCGAGAGCAAGUUCCAGCCCCGCGGUGGUGCCGGCAACUGGGGCAGCAGCAGAGGCGGUGGUAACUCUGCAAACACUGGCAGCGGCUACCGCAGUGCCGGUGGCGCCAGUGAUUCCGAGAGCACCCGUCGUGGCGGCCGUGGUGGUGGCCGAGGUGGACGAGGAGGCGAGCGCGGAGGACGUGGAGGACGUGGUCGCGGUGGCCUCAAGGGCGAAGGCGGCGCCUCCCCCGCCCCCGGUCCUGCUACCCCGGCAGAGUAG